AUGAGUCAGCAGAAAAAGAAGAUUGUGACACUCAAGGCUGCCCAAGAAGAAAUUCAACAUUUGGGACUUAGCGGGAGUGGAACAUUUUUCGGAUUCCUGGCUCCAAACGAAAUUUUGCCUGAAAUAGAAGAAUCACAAUACCUCGAGAACUCAAUAAAGGUCUAUUUUUCCAAAUACAAAAACAGGGAAGACAAAGGUGAAAAAAGGAGCUCUAUGUUGCACUCAUACUGGCACUGGAAGUUGCGGCAAAACCUGGAGAUAUCCUGAAGUGCAGACAGCUGCCGUCCGGAGAUGCAAUAG